AUGGUGAUGGAGAAGCCAAGUGCCCAGCUGGUCGGGCGAGAGUUUGUCCGACAGUAUUACACUCUGCUGAACCAGGCCCCGGACUAUCUGCACAGGUUUUAUGGGAAGAACUCGUCCUACGUCCACGGAGGCCUGGACAACAACGGCAAACCUCUGGAGGCCGUUUAUGGACAGGCUGAGAUCCACAAGCGCGUCAUGGCCCUGAGCUUCCGGGACUGUCACACUAAGAUCCGCCACGUGGACGCUCACACCACGCUGAACGAGGGCGUGGUGGUGCAGGUCAUGGGCGAGCUCUCCAACAACAUGCAGCCCAUGAGGAAGUUCAUGCAGACCUUUGUGCUGGCCCCAGAGGGAACUGUUGCCAACAAAUUCUACGUUCACAACGACGUGUUUCGUUACCAGGACGAAGUGUUCGCCGACUCCGACUCUGAGCCCCCAGAAGAGUCUGAGGACGAGGGGGAGGAGCUGGAGGAGAGGGUCCCGUCUCCAGACACCGGGGCAGAAGACUCCUCUCAGUACUACGACCAGAACCCAUGCUCUGAGCCCGUGGGACCAGGAGAGGAGGACGAGGGCGUGGCCGUGAGCCCCGAGCCCGAGGUGGAGCCCGAGAAGGAGGAGGAGGCGCCUGGGGAGGUGAAGGCCGAGGCGCUGGACACACAGACGGACUCGCUAUCGGCCGACGAGACGGAGAAAAGCCCCGCCCCGUCAGCUACGCCCACAGAGUCGGUUGCCACGGAGACCCCCACGGCGCCCGAGGAGAACAGGCCGUUCUCGUGGGCAUCUGUGACCAGUAAAAACCUGCCUCCGAGCGGCGCUGUUCCCGUCUCCGGAUCCCUCCCCCACGUUGUCAAAGUCCCGCCCACAGCACAGCCCCGAGCGGAGGUGAAGUCCGAGUCCCAGAGCGCCGCACAGAGACCUCAGAGAGACCAGAGGCCGAGGGAGCAGAGACCCGGGGGAGCCCCACCCGUGCACAGGCCCAGACCUGGUCGGGAGGGGGAGCCUGCAGAGGGGGAGGGCAGACGCUCGGUGCGGUUCCCAGACGCACAUCAACUGUUUGUGGGAAACGUGCCUCACGACGUCGAGAAGGUCGAACUGCGAGAGUUUUUUGAACAGUUCGGGACGGUCCUGGAGCUGAGGAUCAACAGUGGAGGGAAACUGCCAAACUUUGGAUUUGUGGUUUUUGACGACGCGGAACCAGUUCAGAAGAUUCUCAGUAACAGACCCAUAAAGUUCCGCGGUGACGUGCGUCUGAACGUGGAGGAGAAGAAGACGCGCUCGGUGAGGGAGGGCGAGCGCCGCGACCUCCGGCCCCGAGGUCCAGGGGGUCCGGGGGGCCCCAGGAUCGGAGGAGGCCCCCGAGGUCCCCCAGGCUCCAGGGGCGGCAUGGCUCCCAAACCCAGCUUUGGCACAGGCCGAGGGGCGGGGCCCAGCGAAGGCCGCUACUCCGCCCAGCGACAGUGA